GCGAGUGAUAGAAGGAGAGCGAGCGCGCGCACGGGGCGCUGGAAGCUCCUCUCGCGCUCCGCUGAACAGUUGCAGCUGCGCGUGCCGGGGAGUUGCGCGCUCCCCUCUCUUUUCCUGUUCUCUCAGUAUAAAGUGAAGCCUGUUUCAGUGUUUCUGGCGCGCGCUCUCAGACCUGUAGCACUUUUAUCUGUUUUGACGGUGGUUAUGGUGUUUCCGCGAGACUCUGUGGGAUGUUUAUGUGAAAUGGACUAGAUAAAGCAGCUGAUCUCAGACUGCAGGGGGAGGAAACUUCCUGCGCUGCUCUGAUGGACUGAAUGAGUGAAGAGGGCUGGAGAUCUGCUCCACCUGCUGAGAUCUUCACCGCGAUAUGGAUUUCAUCCAGGCUUCCUGCAAGCUAAGCCCUAUCCUGCUCUGGCCAAGCGUGCCGUUUGGCGCCUUCCAUCAGGAUUAGCCGCCGCCCGGCAACUUGCACGCGUGUGGCGAACACCGCAGAUCAGUCCUGAUGCCAGCUUACGUCUUCUUCUCCACCUGGGAGGCUUCGCCUGUGGUGAAUCUUAAACAGAGCGAGGAAAAAGCAAUUGUCUUCAACUUGAAACAGCGGCGGGGGCAUGCGGCGACUCUUUGAGCUUUUAAUCUGAACAACCGCUGAAGGACUGUUUGUUCUUUGUGUACACAAAGUGUGCUGUCAACCCAGACAAAAGACUGACAAAGGCACUCUAGGACUAGGGUAAUAUCACCACAAAAAUAAACAAGAGUGGCAUAAGAGUGGCUUAACCUCUAGUUGAAAUGUUUGAAAUGUUUGGAAUGCCAUAAACUCUUCUCUGACUGCACUGAUUAUCAGGGAUAUCCAAAGGGUCUCAAACUCUAAGAAGAUCAAACUCUAUAAGAAUCUCCUACACAAGAUUCAUGGGAAGCUAACAUUGGACUUUAGACAUUCAUCUUUAGAACUUAAAUCCCAGUUGUUUGACAUUUGUUCGAGUUAAACAAAAAGGGUUAGUGGAAAUGGGCAGAAAGACUUUGUUUGACAAGAAAAGCACAGAAAAGCUACGUAUUAACCCAUCACCCAAAGAACUCUGGGUCAAUUGAGGGUACUACCACAGUGUAGCGUGGCAAUGAGCAGCGGAUUCGCAGUAAUGGAUCAAUACAACAGCUCUGCCGAGUUCACGUUCCUACGCAACAUCACAGGAGAUUCAGAGGACUCCGAGGCCUGGGAUGAAGCAACCCUCCUAGGCCUCCAGAUCUCCCUCUCGGCCCUUCUGGCUGUCGUAACCCUGGCCACCAUGCUGUCUAACGCCUUCGUCAUCGCCACCAUCUUCCUGACGCGGAAACUGCACACCCCCGCCAACUUCCUGAUAGGCUCCUUGGCUCUGACGGACCUGCUGGUGUCCAUCCUGGUCAUGCCCAUUAGUAUCGUCUACACAGUAAGCAAGACGUGGACCCUAGGUCAGAUCAUGUGCGACAUUUGGCUGUCCUCGGACAUCACCUUCUGCACAGCGUCCAUCCUGCACCUGUGUGUGAUCGCGCUGGACCGCUACUGGGCAAUCACAGACGCGCUAGAGUACUCCAAGAGGCGGACAACGCGGCGGGCAGCACUGAUGAUCGGGGUGGUGUGGGUCAUCUCCAUCUCAAUCUCCAUUCCGCCACUAUUCUGGAGGCAAGCCAAGGCUCACGAGGAGCUGACUGAGUGUCUAGUCAACACGGACCAGAUCUCUUACACGCUUUACUCAACUUUCGGAGCAUUCUACGUGCCCACCAUUCUUCUCGUCAUCCUCUAUGGGCGCAUCUACGUGGCCGCCCGCUCUAGGAUCUUCAAGACUCCAGCGUCCUGUGGAAAGCGCUUCACAACGGCACAGUUGAUCCAGACAUCAGCUGGCUCAUCCCUCUGCUCCCUCAACUCCACAUCCAAUCAGGAAGGGCAUCUUCACCCUGGAGGAUCGGGAGGUGGAGGAGGGUCUCCACUCUUCAUGAACAGUGUGAAGGUGAAGCUGGCAGACAGCGUACUGGAGCGGAAACGAUUGUGCGCCGCAAGGGAAAAGAAAGCCACAAAGACCCUUGGCAUCAUCCUGGGGGCUUUUAUCGUCUGCUGGCUACCCUUCUUCGUGGUAACUCUGGUCAUGGCCAUCUGCAAGGACUGCUGGUUCCAUCCGGUCCUCUUCGACUUCUUCACCUGGCUCGGCUAUCUCAACUCACUCAUCAACCCCGUUAUCUACACUGCCUUCAACGACGAGUUCAAGCAGGCCUUCCAAAAACUCAUCAAGUUCAAGAAGUGCUACUGAAGGAACCUUGCAAAAACAAGCAUUGAACUUCUGGCCUGUUAAGGUGGAUACUCUAACAGUCCCAAUCUGAACUCAAAACCAAUGAUGUUUGGGAUGUAGGACACCAUGAAGGAUCUUGAACCUUUACUGUGGCAUUCGUAUUAGUGUCUUUGAAAAUACAAAACCAUGGUUAUAUGUGUUUGGUCACAGUACAUAUUUGUACAAUUGAAAUCCCAUGAAACAGCUUGUGAAAAGAAAAAAAAAAACCUUCUGCCAAACUGUUGAUGUUACCCAGUAGAUUUAUGUAUGCAUGCAUAGUGAGGGCUUCUCCCUUAGGAAACAUUUGUUCUGUGUCUACAAGCAAUUACAGAGACUGUUCCAAAAAAGAAGUAGAAACAGGACUAUAAGCUGGAAGGCUGGUGAACUGGAACUGUAGUAAUGCAAUUGGAACAGUUUGAAACGGUUUGAAAGAAAAUGCAAUGUUUUCUCAAAAAAAAAGGAUCUAUACCCUGUAUAUGGAAUUACAAAGACAAAAUGUGUAUAUAUAUAUAUAAAGAGUUCAUUUUUCAAAGAAUAUGAAAUACAUAUCAUUUACUUUUGUUUUUUUGUGCACUGUGGUCAUUUGGAUAAUGAGAUUUGAGAUUGCUUUUCCCAGCAUCAGUUUACACGCAUGAGCUCAGCUGAAAUGCCAGUAGUCAUUCACCAUUGAGUCCAGGCCUAAUUUAGGAAAUGGCUCAUUAGAUUUUAACAUUUUAUAUUUCUUAGAAACAUGAAUGGUCCCUGGUUUUCUUUCUGUUAUAGGUUGAGGAAAAAACGAUUUUCAACUUCUGGGCCACAGUGGGACUGCUAGGGAACUGUUGAUAUAUAAAUAUAUCAAAAAUAUUUUAGCAUAUCAAG